UCAAAGAGGUUUCCAGUGAAUCUGCAUGAACUCAGUGUUAUAUUUCAUCUGCUUUCUCUUGGAAUUUCAGAAGGAUGAUUCCCAGAGACUUCUGGAAAGCUUCAACUCUGAUGAAAAAGAGCACACGCUCACGAAAAGUAAAGCAGAACCCUAUACAUCAAAAGAGGAAAUGGUGCUGGAGGAAAGUGAGUCUCCUCUGAACAGUAAUGUCACGGCAUUUGCAUUGAAGGCAAAAGUGAUCUAUCCCAUCAACCAGAAAUUUAGGCCUUUGGCAGAUGGCUCAUCCAAUCCAUCUUUGCAUGAGAAUCCAAAGCAGGCCGUUCUGCCUAAUCAGGUCAUGGAGACAUCUACGUCAGGCAGCCUGGGAUCUUUGAGCCAGGGAGACAAAGAGGACUGCAGUUCCUCCACAACAAUACAUUCCACAACAAGUGAUGAUAGAUUUCAGGCUCGAGCCUUCCUCAAGGUGACCAGCUUCCCUGAAGUGCUAACAUGUGAGAGUUUUGAUGUUAAGCUCUGCCUUUGCAGCCUUAUUUUAAAAGAUCUCAUGCUUCUUGAUACUGAACUCAGAAAAGAAAAACAUGUGAUGUUUAGUCAGAUUCUCAAAAUACGCCUCACAGACUUUUAUCAUAAAAAGAAGAUUACUGAUGAUUUGUUCAAGAAGAUCCUUUUAAUUCAGGAAAAUGAUUUUGAAGAAUUACAGAAACAACUUGACUGUAGACUCCAGAAUGCUGAGAUGUCCGGAGCCCAUAAUUCAGAGUACCAGACUCUAGAAGACUUAGAAAGGAAAGAAAGGGAAUAUUCUGAGCACGUAAUAGAUAAUAUGGAAGCUUUCUGGAAGCAGACUGACAAAGCCCAGCAGGCUUUUUUGGACCAAUCAAAAUGCUCAAGUGCCAAAGCAACAAAGAUAAUGAUGGAUCUGACCGAGAAGAUGAUUGCAGUAGAAAGCUUAUUAAGUGAAUCUCAAGAUUUGCAGGCAAUGGACAUUCAGGAAAGGUUAUUCAAUUGGGAGCUUGUGGUGAAAAUGAUCGAUUCACUGAAGUCCUAUAUACCGGAAGAGUGCAAGUGUAGAUUAAAUAUUAUAUCAAAUAUUCUGGACAAUUUAACUGUAAAGAAUAAUCUCUCAGUCCGACAAAAGGAAGAACUUUUAACAGAUCUGCACAAGGCCUUCUGGGAACAACUGGCACACUUCAGUAAUGAAUGUAUCCAGCAAAGUAAAGAUCUGAUCUUGAAACGACUGGAGUGCCGUGCAAAGAAGAGAGAAGAGUUCAAACAAAGACAGAAAGCUGAACAAGGGAGUCUCCUCAGUAAAACUUUUCGUAAUGAAGAUGUUAAUGAUUUUCUUAAGGCUUACCAUGAGCUGUUAGAGAAACAUCGGCAAGCACAGUGGGAACUGGAGGAGGAGGAUGACUGUGAGAGCACAGAGGCUGUUGCAGAUCUCUACAAGGAGCUGUACUCUAAAGCUUCCCUUGCUUUAGCGGAGCUGGUGACGGAGCUGUUUCUUCAGACCCUGCCUGUUGUGACCGGCCUCUCUGUAAGAGAAUGUGAGCUUCUGAAAGAGGAAUGGCAGGAGAAUUUGGUCCCUCAGCUGGAGAAAUGGGAGGACCACCGCCAGAGACGCUGGAAGCUUUUCCAGGAACAGCUAUUGCAAGAAAAAAAACUAUGGAUAAAGGAAUAUGCUCUGUCUGCUGUGAUGCAAAUGCACCUGUCUGAGAAACAAGACAAGAUAAUUCAAGGUGUCGUAAGCAGACUAGGAUGCCUCAGUGAUGAGUCUGUAAACUAUAUAUUGCAAAAACACCGACUUCUGCUGUGUUCAGUACUCAGAAGGUUAACCCUCCGAAGAGUUGGAAUGGCAGUCCUGGCCCACAUGAGACUGUCCAGAAAGAAGAGCUUGCUUCAGGAACUGAGAGAACAGCAUACCCUGCAGGAGGGGUCCUCCCCCUGCCAAGAUGAGGACCAGUGGCAGUUACAGAAGGCAGUGGAGUCCCACAUUCUGGAAGAGGAAGAGAAGCUCGAGGAAGAAACACAGCAAACCCAUUUAGAAUUUCACCAGCAGCUAGUCACAGAAAUCCAAGAAGCUCUUCAGUUUCUUCAGCAGCACAUGGAACAGGUGAUUGGGCAGACAUUGCUGCAGCAUGCCCGACGGGAAGCUGGAAAAAAGAGUUCAGAUGAUGGACAGGACUUCAAGGAGAGACUGGUAGAAGCUGCUGUAGAAAGUGUGUAUGGGACCAGCAAUAAUACCAACAGACUGGUGCAAAACUACUAUCAGCAAUUAGGAAAAAUCACAGAAGACUAUGAAGGGAAAAAGCUUCAAAAAUUGAAAUCCUUACAAGCAGAAAGAGGUGAAAGGAACAGACUUAGGAAGAAACAAGAGAAUGAACUGGCACUGAAAGAAAAACAGACCAAAGGCCUCCUGAAUGUAUCAUCCACAGUCCAUCAAAGGAUGGUGCUGCAGCAAAAGAAGGUUCUGGCUCAGUUUGAACUGCAGCAGCAAAUUCGUCUGGAGUCUCUGAAACAGAAACUGCUGGGAUUGCAUCACCUAGAAACUGAGUUGGAGAAUCAGCUAAGGGAAGCAGAGCAGGACUUUGUGAGCGAGUUGGCUGCACUGGCCCGAGUUCCAGUGGCUGUGAAGAAGAAGCCUUCCAAAAGGAGCAAGCCAGCGGGGGAAAAAACAAACUCAAAAAGAAAGACCUUUCAGUUACCAGAAUCAGCAGACAAAGAUGAUUGUCAAGAAAAUAUUCAAGAGCCCCCUGGACUGUCUUCUGGCUUAUGCAGAGAGAGGUUACAGAGUCCACAGGAAGGGGAGACUGAACCACGGAAAAACUCAAAGUUGCUAAAAAAAAGAGGCAACAGGUAGUAAAAGCAUUUAUAUGAGCUGUCUGAACAAAGGGUACCAAAGCAUUCUUCUGGGAAAUCUCGGCAGCAGUAAGUAAACACUUACUGAGCUGCUUUACUGAGGAACAACGAAGAACGUCAAUAACAACCGAGAAAUCUUCUUU